AUGUGCGCACUUCCUCUAACGUGCGCACUAACGGAAAACGCAGUAAGUAACCCGCAAAACCAGAGCAUCGGGAAGAGAGAGAGAGACGGGGAGGCCGACAGAGAAAACAGAGCAGCGCGAGGAGAGAGCCAUGGAAAAUGGCGAUCGACGAUGACGAAGACGGACAACGGCGAGGAAGAAGGAUUCGAGGAAUUCAUUACCUUCGAGCAUCCUCCUCCGUCGCCGAAUCCGGAAACCGUCAUCUCCGAGUUCCUCGGCACGGCCGCCAUGGCUUCCAAUUUCGACGACGAUGACUGGGGUGAUUUUGUCAAUUCCUCCGGAGGCGUAUUAUCACAAACGACGUCGCUCCCGCAGGUUCUCAACCAUUCUGACCUGUUCGGAAUCUAUAACGACGGCAAGCGUGACGAUGAUGCGCCGCCGAAACAGACGGAGGAUCAGCCUGGGUCAGCUCCUGGUCUGAUGAAGUCUUCGGGAGCUCUGCCUCUUUCGCUGUUUGGAGAAAUGGAGGAGGACGGAGGAGGAGCAGGAGAACAGAAAGGGAGUUCGGUUGCCGAUUUCCCCCCGGGCGAGAAUGCGGAGUCCGUGAAGAAGACGGGUAAUCUAGAUGUUAACGAUUUGAUUGCUAAUUUAUACAAGCCGAACGGGAUCGGAGCAGGCUCUGUCCCGGCAAGUAAUGGAAAUUUAGUCGGGGCGAAUCCGAUUGGAUUGGAUCCGAGUUGGAGCUGGGGGAAUGCGUCUGCUAUGGGGAAUGGGGCGAGUUCGAUUCCGAAGCUAGCGAGCACGGACUCGGAUCCGUUAAAUUUGAAUUCAAAUGGGUGGAGAAUGAGCGGCAAUUCUGGUUCGGUUGUGCAAGGGUCGGAUUUGAGCUCAGAUGCGAUGAGCAAUGGUUCCAAUGCGGCGAAUGGGAAUGGAGGGUUUGAUGAAGAAGGUGAUGAUGACGAUGGUUGGGAAUUCAAGGCCGCUGAAUCCAAAGUGGAAGAUAAUGUCAAGCCAGAGCAGAUGAAGAAUCAGAAUGGGCCGAUUUUUCAUCGCAGUGAGCUGAACUCUAGUUGGAAUGAGGUCAAUUUGGACUUUUCGGGAUGGAAUACGAGUGCCAAUGGAGUUGAUCAGAAUGGCUUGAAUAAUGGCCCAGUUACUGAAAGGAAAGAGCUUGCUAGCAAUGAUGCUUGGGAGUUUGUUGUUGCAGUUGCCCCAGACGAGAAAAUCAAGAAUGUUGAUUCAAUAUCAGAGGAUGUCUCGAAGAUGAAUCUUAAGAGCUCUAAUUUAAGUUGGGAUCCACUGCAGCGUCCAGAUUCUAAUGGCUUGGCUUCAAGCUUAGGUGGAGUGAACGCUGAUGUGAUAAGUGUGAAUCCUGUAUUAUUGGAUGAAAUUGAUGGGUUUGCUAAUUCGGAUGGUUGGGCCUUCAAGAAAGCAGAAUUAGACUUGCAAAAAUGUAAAGGUUUCUCAUUUUGUAAUACAGUUGCUACUCAAUUUGUUCAGGAUGCGGCAGGGAAGAUGGAAAAUGGCCCACAAAUGCAAUCUACUAUAUUUGAUUCAAGUCUGAAUAUUUCCGACUUGGAUGGUGGUGGUGGUGUGAAUCCAAACCUGUUUGCUACCGACUGGAAUGCGAAAGAAGAGAUUUCAGAUACAAAACAGUUGAACCCAAUUGUAAUCACUGAAACCGAGGAUCUUGAGGGUGAGGACGACUGGGAAUUCAAGGUUGCAGAAUCAGAAUCAAUGUCCAUUGAUUCGAGUAGUAAGGCUAUUGAAAUAAGGCAUAGCGACAGCCAAGGAGCCCUGCCUCUGUCACUUUUUGGUGAUGAAGAAACAGAGCCCAACGAUCCCGUCUUCUAUGAAGUCACUUCAGUUCAGAUUUCUGCUCCAGAAACAAGAGAAGACAAUAAGGGUUUUAGUUCCGGUCUCUCUAUUCAUGAUCUAAUAUCAAGUUUAUACAGUGAAGUUGAGCAAACGGCUACGGUCGGUCACUUACAAGAUCAGGAUGAAAAUGUAUGGGGCCCCACAGGGAUUGCAUUGGCUUCCAAUUCAUCAAAUGAUGCUGCAAGUUUGGAUGAUGAUGAUGCCUGGGAGUUCAAAGAUGCCUCUCCAGUGCCCAUGGCCGAGGAGCAAAUAUCUUUUCCCAAAGAUCCUCCAAUUAAGGCCAGUAACAUAGAGCUUUCUGAUUGGAUAGACUUAUUUACCAAACUGAAGGAAGAAUUAUGUCUGGUUGCAUUCCAACAUCUUGAAAAUAUGAAGCAAGCUCGUGGUGCUGCAGCUCUUGCUGGUGAGGAUGCUGCUUUAAGUAACAUGGACAAGGAAAUACAGGAUAUGCAUAAUGGACUGCUCGAAUACGGCACUGUUCCCGAAGUUCAUUCAGGAGAUCAGCUGCUAUGUGAAAUACGAACCCGUGAAUUGUUUGAACUGUUGCUGCACCCUAAUUUUCAAGUCAUUGAGUCAGAAUAUCAGUUAUCAGAAAAACUGUUGAAGGUUCAGAGCGACUCAAAUUCUACACUCCUACUUCUCAAGAAGGUGGUUUCAGUGAUGAAGAUUUUGACCUUAUUAUCUAGACGGGAACAAACUAGUUACGUUUCCACAUGGUCUAAGAUGCUCUAUCAAUGUGCCGAAGAGCUGAAACAAGGGUCAAUGAUUUGGAGCCACUUGCUGCAAGAAAACAUCCAAGGUCAAGUUCUCUCAAGCGUUGAAGGAAAGAGAUAUUUCCUUGCUCUUGGAGAAAUUUACAGAGUUUCUGAAGUUCUUCGAUGCACUGCCCGGCUUUAUAAGCCGUGGAUAUUGCUGGAACGGACUGACUCCAUAUCCUUCUAUUCCAUCAUGAACGAGUGUUCUGCUCUAUGGUCAAGCUCAGGACUGGAAGAAGCUCUCUUAAGCAUUUCUGAUGGUUCCGUGAAGGCAUUACUGGAAUCUGUUCAAUAUCUUCAUAAUCUCGAGGAUGAUACACUUUACGAGAUUGUGUUUGCCGGACAAGGCUACACCUGUCAACUCUCAGGUCUUAAUCCAGGAGUAGUGCCAGGGAUGGAAACCAUCGUCUGGAACGGGAGCCAGUACUUUGUCAAGCUUGCUAACUUAUGGGCUAAUUUGAUAAGUUGCGAUCCGCCAAAUAUGCCUCGCUUGCACAUCGGAUGAUGAUGACCAUUGCAGAGAUUUAGCUCAGACGUGCAGAGAUGAUGAUUAUUCUUUAGCAGAGACCACCCAUUGAAAGCAGUCAUGUUGCCGUGGGUGAGGGCUCGAGCCACAGUUACCCCCUGCCUCCAACAUUGAUCUUCGGGGAAGUGAAAGAAAGAAAGGACAGAAUAUUCUCAAUCCAAGCUUGCCGUGUGUUGCAUAUCGCCAUAUGGAUCUCGUUUGAGAAAAGUCAGGCAAGAUAUCUCUGAAGCCUCCCAUUCACAAUUUUCCCCGCCCCUUUUAAGUGUUGUCCAUUCUUUGCACAGAGCGCAAGCUGUAACAUAGAAGCUUUUGGUUUUGUAGCCCCCAAUUUGCACAUGCACAAGACCUUUGGGGGAGGGGUGGUUUGCCCUUGGGAUUUAAGGGUGUAUUCCUUUUCCUAUUUCCAUGUUGUAUUCUUUAAAAAAAUGGGCCUGUAAUAUUUGGAAUAAAAAUAUCUCGAUAUCUUUGCUUUGAAAUGAAGAAAUUACUACAAGUUUGAUUUCUUCCUUUCAUUUUAUUUUUUCGUC